AUGAGUGUUGAUGUUGCGUCAGUGGGGUUCCUAGGUCUAGUCAUACGCAUCGGCGCAGUGUCCGAAGAGGAUUCUGGAAACGUGGAUCCUGAAACGAGUAAGAGGAGGAGGCUUGAGCAGAACUUCUUUUGGAGCUGUCUGAAGAGCGAGUGUGAAAUGUGUACAGAAAUCGAGCUGCCCAACUCGGGGAUAGGACAGUUCUCCUACCCCUACAUGUUCCCCGGUCCACCAUCGACGUUGAACGAGGGUGCAUCUCCGGACGAUGAAGAAGGGGUGGUAGGGCAGGAAUGGUCCUGGUAUUAUUACCUGGUCGAAAUUGCCAUCCGUCGACAGGAUAACCGUGUCAAGGGGACAUUUCGUAGAGAAGGCCAUGCCUAG